AUGAUCACCCUCCUCACCGCCAUCGACGGCGGCCGCGGCCCGGAGGUCAAGGCCGCACUCAAGUCCGACUGGGCAAGCUCGGUGCGCGCCAACUGGGUGCUCUGGGUGCCGGCCCAGUUUCUCAACUUCCGCUAUGUCGCGCCGCAGCACCAGCUGCUGUUCGCCAACGUGACGGCGCUCGCGUGGAACGUCUGGUUCUCGUUCCUCACGCGCCCCAAGGCGGCGGCCGCGUGA